AUGACGCAUUUCUGCUCGAUGCCUAAGUCUGAGAUUGACUGGGAUAAUCUUUAUGGAAACCGUUACAUACGCGAGCAUAUGCAAAUGAUGACAGAAAUAGAUAAGGAUCAGCUUAAGCAGAAUAUUGCUAAAUUGAAUGAGGAUCAGCUUGCGGCUUUCAAGGCGGUGACAGAUUCCGUGGAGCGAAAAGACGGGUCUAAAUUCUUUCUGAAUGGUAGUACAGGGACAGGAAAGACAUUUGUCUACAAUGCCAUUGCUGCGAGCUUCCGUUUGAAGGGAGACAUUGUUUUGACUGUUGCAUCGUCCGGAAUAGCUUCCUUGCUUUUGGAGGGAGGCCGUACUGCACAUUCAACAUUCAGAAUUCCUAUAGAUAUAACAAGCACCAACGAUUGUUCAAUAGCUAAACAAAAAGAAGAAGCUGAAUUUACAAAACAUGCGACUUUGGUUAUAUGGGAUGAGAUGCCGAUGCAGCAUAGACAUUGUAUUGAGGCGGUAAACAGGUUGCUCCAGGAUAUUCAUGAAAAUAAGAAAGAUGACUUCGGAGGUGUGACUGUCGUCAUGGGAGGAGACUUCAGGAAGACUUUGCCAGUGAUACCGAAUGGAGUCCGGGCAGAAAUAGUGGGGGCGUGCAUCCGAAGAUCUUAUUUAUGGGAUAACAUAAAGGUUUUGACACUCACCAAGAAUAUGCGGAUGGAUAUGCAAGAACCGGAAAAUCGAGCGUACGCGGAUUUCCUACUCAAGGUCGGUUCCGAACCAGUCGACAAAGUUGAUCUGCCAUCGGCUGUGAACGUAUGUAAAACCAGAAGAGAGCUAAUAACAAAGCUCUAUCCCUGCCUCACAAAAACACAAAUCUGGAGAGGGGAUGAGGCGUGUUACGAACAAGUUUCGGAGGAGGAACUAACUAACAGAAUGAUUCUCACGGCACGCAAUGAUGAUGUUAAUGAGAUUAAUGUCGAGGCACUUAAUUUUUUGGACGGAGAUACACACACAUAUCUAGCAGCUUAUAGGUUGACUCCUGAAGAAAGUGGUAGGAUACCACCUAUAAGCAAUGAAUUUCUGCAAAAUCUAAACCCUCCAGGAAUGCCUUUAUUCAAACUACAACUUAAAGUUGGGUGUCCGAUAAUUCUGAUGAGAAAUCUCGCUCCCUCGGAGGGACUUUGCAAUGGAACAAGGUUGUUGGUGACGCACUGCGGGAAGUAUCUUAUACAAGCAAAAAUUCUGACGUGA